CUUUUUUUUUUUUUUUUUUUGGGGGGGUUUAAUUUUAAAAAAACUACUCCGUAGUAAUUAACUUUUUGUGGUAUGAAGUAUAAAUCCACUCACAAUAAUUUUGCCUAUAUCAACAUUUCCAUCAACAACAAACAUAAAACACUGAACAAAAUUCCCAAAUUACAAGUCUACAACAUCAUUCUCAUUCGGUGAAGUUUCAAGUCUUGAAACACUCUCUCUCGUCAUUCAUCACUGAAACACAUCCAAUUUUCUAGAGAGAGAAAAUCAUGGGAAAAGAAGAAGCUUUGAAGUUUGACAAAUGGGGAUAUCCAGUCAAUACUACUUCUAAUCACUGUAUUUCUGCUAUUAAUGAUUUCUAUGACCAGGUGUUGAAUUAUGGGAGAAAGAGGUCAAUCAUAUUGGAUGCUCCAGUUCAUGAUGAAAGCUGUGUUUUAGGGAAUACCUUGGCUGCCUAUUUCUCUUUCUCAAGUCAACCUUCUGAAGCUCUUUCAUUUCUUCAAUCUGCCAAGUCCCACUAUGAUGAAGCAACAGAUUAUGAGAAAGCAGUGUUUGAUGCCGUUUCGUGUAUGAUUUCUGAUGAUAUGGAUGAUGAUGUAGCACUAGAGUUCCAUUUUAAGUUAUUAAGGGAUUUCCCAAAGGAUUUAUCCUCCUUGAAGAGGGCUCAAGUACUUUGCUUCUACAUGGGGCUGCCUAAUCCUUCUCUUGAUCUAGUGCAGCAGGUACUACCCGAGAAUGAAGAGGAAGCUUACAUUCAUGGCAUGCUUUCUUUUCCUCUGUUGGAGCUCGGACAGAUGGAGGAAGCUGAAAGAGCUGCUAGAAAGGCACUUGAGAUCAACAAGCAAGAUGUUUGGGCACAACAUUGCCUGUGCCAUGUUCUUCAACAUGAAUGUCGUUUCGCUGAAGCUGUACAGUUCAUGGAAGAUUGCUCGCCUUCAUGGAGUUCCUGUUCGUCAUUCAUGUACACACAUAAUUGGUGGCACGUUGCUCUUUGUUACUUGGAAGGUCAUUCUCCAGUAGCAAAGGUCUUAGAUGUGUAUGACCAUCGUAUAAUGAGGGAAAUAGAUAGAACUGAUGCGACCCGCCCAGAGGUCUAUUUAAAUGCAUUGGGAUUACUAUUGAGAUUACAUAUACGAGGUCAGAUAACUCUAUUUGAGGAUCGUUUGAAGAAUUUAGCUGAACUUUUGACUGAUAAAUCGCUUUGGUACUUGGAAUGGCAGCUUGAUUUGUUCAUAUUAUGGGCUUUAACAUGUACGGAUAAGCUUCCUGCGGCACAAGAGUUGCUUAAAGGCUUGAAGCUCAGAGUGUCAAAUAUGAGCGAUAAGAAGCAGCAGCAGUUUCAAAGAGGGCUCUGUCUUGCCGAAACUAUAUAUGAGUAUGGUAGAGGUAAUGACGAACGUGCCCUACAGCUCCUGGGUUCAGAUUUUGUUGCAUGUGAUUAUAAGGCAAUAGGAGCAUCCGAUGAGCAAAUUGAUGUGUUUAAUGAAGUUUGGUAUAUCUUGCUACUGAAUACUGGAAAAGCUGCGAAAGUGAUAGAGGCAAUUGAGAAACGACUUAAGACGAGGGAUGGUGUGCCCUUUUUAUGGCGUCUAUUGGAGAAAGGAUACUCAAUGAUGGGCAGGGAGGAAGCUGCGAGAGCAGCUGAUAAGGCAAACCAUCUGGAGAGGAUAUAUUUUCAAUAGCUGUUUAUACAUCACAUUGCGGUACUCAUUCUGUGUAUACAAGCUAGUCAGGCUGUUACUGGGGUUCUCGACAAUGACAAAAUCACAGCAAAGUUGUAUUUAAUUUACCGAAGAGGACUUCAAGUUUGGUCUAUCGCAUUGGUCUUCAAGUAUUUAGGUAUAGUUUGGCCACUAUCUCUGGAGAAAGAGGCAGAUAGCUAAACCCAAGGGGUCAAGAGUCGGAAAAUCUAUCAAAAAGUUUCCAAGUAAGCAAAAGAUGGUGAGAUUCCUAUGGGGGUUGCAAGCUCAUCCAACGAUGGUGGUCUUGAUUGUUUCGAUUUCCCACCAAUGCUAUGACUACGGGUAAUAUAAGA